AUGCUUGGAGUUAAUGAAACAGCUGUCACAGAAUUCAUCCUCCUGGGGUUCUCCAGCAACCCAGCUCUGCAGACCUGCCUCUUUGGCCUUUUCUCUGUCCUCUACUCUGCGACUCUGAUGGGAAACGCACUUGUCUUUGUGCUUAUCUGCCUGGACUACCACCUCCACAGCCCCAUGUACUUCUUCCUCUGCCACCUCUCCAUUGUGGACAUCUGCUACGCCUCCAACAAUGUCCCCCAUAUGCUGAGGAAUCUCCUUGGACAAGGCAGAACCAUCUCCUUUGCUGGGUGUGGGACACAGAUACAUCUUUAUUUAAUCUUUGCACUUACAGAGUGCGUGCUGCUGGCCGUGAUGUCUUAUGAUCGCUAUGUAGCAAUCUGCCAUCCUCUCCGCUAUACCCUCAUCAUGAACUGGAGGGUGUGCCUCACUCUUGCCGCAGUUUCGUGGGCUUUUGGGUUCAUAUUUGGUACACUACAAGCCUCUCUGGCUCUACACCUGCCUUUCUGUGGCCCCUGUGAGGUUGACCACUUCUUCUGUGAAAUCCUUGCUGUCUUAAAGCUGGCCUGCACUGACACUACUGUUAAUAAAGCCCUGAUCUUUGCUGUUUGUGUAUGUUUCCUCCUCUUCCCUUUAGCCUUAAUCCUAAUUUCCUAUCUGCACAUCCUGGCCACCAUUCUGCGCAUCCGCUCUGUGCCAGGAUGGCACAAAACCUUCUCCACCUGUGGCUCCCACUUGACCGUGGUGGGUCUGUUUUAUGGCAAUGCCAUCUUCAUGUAUAUGGGGCCUGGGAGAAGUAACUCAUCUGGGAGGGAGAAAGUUCUUUCCCUAUUCUACAGUCUCGUCAGCCCCAGUCUGAACCCCCUGAUUUACAGUCUGAGGAACAAACAGGUGAAGGAAGCCUUGCUGAAGCUUCAGAAAAGGAAAAGGGUCUUUAAUUCCAUGUAG